CAGCAGUGAGCGGACAGACUGCUUAGAGCGCUGUGGAACUAUUGGCCCGGCUUGGCGAAACUCGCCCAGCCUACUGGAAGUCCGCCUGUCUUGGAGUCGGAGAAAAGCGGGUUUUGUUUUGUUUUAUUUUAUUUUAUUUUUUUCAUAAUUAGGAGUAACGGCCAGUACAAAGAAAAAUCAGGAUGAAAAGAUGGCUGACUUCUUGUUACCACUGGGUACUAACAACUUUCACCGGUUCACGCCCGAAUCGUUAUCAGAGAUUGAAAAGCGGAUUGCGGCAAAGAUCACAAAGGAUACCAAGCAGGAAUAUAGAGAGCAGUCGGGAGAGGAAGAAAAAUUGCGGCCACAGUUUGACUUGCAGGCAUGCAAGAAGUUGCCAGACAUCUAUGGAUCUCCCCCAUCCGAGCUCAUCGGAGAACCAUUGGAGGACAUUGACCCCUACUACGGAGAUCAUAAGACAUUUAUAGUACUGAACAAAGGGAAGACGAUCUUUCGAUUUAGUGCCACUCCUGCCUUGUACAUUCUUACUCCUUUUCAUCUAAUCAGAAGAAUAGCAAUUAAAAUUCUGGUACAUUCAUUAUUCAGUAUGUUUAUUAUGUGCACUAUUUUAACCAACUGUGUAUUCAUGGCGUGGUCCGAACUUCCUCCGUGGAAUAAAUACGUGGAGCAAACUUUUACUGCCAUUUACACAUUUGAGUCAUUGAUAAAAAUACUGGCCAGAGGAUUUUGUAUGACUGAAUUCACCUUCCUUCGAGACCCCUGGAAUUGGCUGGAUUUUUCUGUUAUUAUCAUGGCAUACAUAACUGAAUUUGUGGACCUGGGCAAUGUCUCAGCCUUACGAACAUUCAGAGUUCUCCGGGCGCUGAAAACAAUCUCAGUCAUUUCAGGUUUGAAGACCAUCGUUGGAGCCCUCAUCCAGUCAGUUAGGAAACUUGCAGAUGUGAUGAUCCUGACCGUUUUUUGCUUGAGUGUUUUCGCCCUCAUAGGACUCCAGCUGUUCAUGGGUAACCUCAGGAACAAGUGUGUCCGAGACUAUAUAGAGUUCGAAUCCUUUAACGGCACCUUUACUUCAGAUGAGAAGUCCUGGCCAACCUUGAACGACUUUAUUAGCGAUCCAGACAACUACUUCAUUAAAGAGGGCACAACAGAUCCAUUACUGUGUGGCAACAGCUCAGAUGCUGGCACGUGUCCAAAAGGCUACAGGUGUUUAAAGGCUGGAGACAAUCCUGACCAUGGCUUUACAAGCUUUGAUACUUUUGGCUGGGCUUUUCUCUCCUUGUUCCGCCUCAUGACUCAAGACUGCUGGGAACGCCUCUACCAACAGACUCUGAGAUCUGCUGGAAAGAUCUACAUGCUUUUUUUCAUGCUGGUCAUAUUUUUGGGUUCCUUUUACCUAGUCAAUUUGAUUUUGGCUGUGGUGGCCAUGGCUUACGAGGAGCAGAACCAAGCUACCAUUGCAGAAAUGGAGGCCAAGGAAAAGAAAUUUCGAGAAGCCAUGGAGGCACUGAAGAAAGAGCAAGAGGCGUUAGCUCGAGGCAUUGAUUCAUUGUCACUUAGUUCAUUUGAAGUGUCACCUGUGGCCAUGAAGAACUUCAAAGAACAAAGGAAUCAAAGAAGAAAAAAGAAGUCCUCGGGGGCAGAUGAUGAGGCAGAAGAUCAAGAGCCUGAUUCAGAUGAUGGCCAACGAAGGGCGGCUCUCCUGGGUUUUACUUCAGGCUCUUUCGAAAAUUCGGUGAAACGUAAGACAAGCCAUGGAAGUGUCUUCAGUUUCCGGCUACGCAGCAGGGAAAUAGGUUCAGAGGCAGAGUUUGCUGAUGAUGAUUUUAGCACAGUCGGGGACAGUGAAAUCCAACAUGGCUCACUGCUAAUUCUGAGGAAUGGGAGACGGAUGAGUGCACAAAGUCAAGGGAUUUAUAGCUCUCCGAUCUACACCUAUAACAGCAAAAGGAACAGUUCUGUGGAUUGCAAUGGAGUAGUAUCGCUGAUUGGGGGUGGAGAAAGCUUGGAUCCAACUACUCCAACUGAUGUGCUGUUACCACCACUUAUGGCAGAGAAAUAUGGAACAGCUGACACGACCUCCCUUUCUGAAGACCUGAACAAGAGGCAGCUUUUAUCACCCCACCGCCUUUCUAUGGAGCAUCCUGAGCAACACUUUCAAAGGCAACGCGCUGUCAGUGCUGUCAGUAUUAUCACCAGUGCCCUGGAAGAGCUUGAGGAAUCUCAGCAGAAAUGUCCUCCUUGCUGGCAUCACUUUGCAGUAAGAUUUCUCAUAUGGGAUUGCUGCCCAAUGUGGCUCUUGAUCAAGGAGAAAAUUAAGUUCAUCAUUAUGGAUCCUUUCAGCGACCUCACAAUCACCCUUUGCAUUGUGUUGAACACACUUUUUAUGGCCAUGGACCACUACAAGAUGACCAAAGAAUUUGAGGAGGUGCUCAACAUUGGGAAUCAGAUCUUCACUGGGAUUUUUACGGCUGAGAUGGUGUUUAAGGUUAUAGCAUUGGAUCCAUAUUAUUAUUUUCAGCAAGGCUGGAAUAUUUUUGACAGUAUAAUUGUCACGCUAAGUUUGAUGGAACUAAGCCUUUCCAGCAUGGGAAAUGUGUCUGUGUUACGCUCCUUUAGACUGCUGAGGGUCUUCAAGCUUGCAAAAUCUUGGCCAACAUUAAAUACGCUUAUUAAAAUAAUUGGAAACUCAGUGGGAGCCUUGGGAAAUCUUACCCUCGUCUUAGCCAUCAUUGUCUUCAUUUUCGCCGUGGUCGGGAUGCAGCUCUUUGGAGAUUUGUACUACAAGAACGUCAGCAGAAUCAGCAGCAACGGAAUGCUACCACGCUGGCAUAUGAAGGACUUUUUCCACUCUUUCCUCAUCAUCUUCCGCAUCCUUUGUGGAGAAUGGAUUGAAACUAUGUGGGACUGCAUGAAAGUCGUUGGUCAGCCACUGUGUCUCCUGGUGUUUUUGCUGGUUAUGGUGAUUGGAAACCUGGUGGUGCUGAACCUGUUUCUUGCCUUACUGUUGAGCUCAUUUAGUGCUGACAAUCUUUCUGCGCCAGACGAAGAUGGGGAGAUGAACAACCUGCAGCUGGCCUUUGCCCGCAUCAAUAGGGGGCUGAAGUACCUCAAGCGGUCCAUGUGGAAUUUCUGCUGCAGGGUCCUUCGACAGCCAAAAGCAACUGCUGAAAAGAAAGCCAUGAUGAAGCUUGUGACCCACAACCAACCUGUCAUGCACAAUUGCAUUAACAACCACAUGGCUAAUGAGUUUGUCAAAGAAGAGCAGAACCAGAAGGAGAACCACACCAGCAAUGCCAGAGCUGCCAUCAACAAAGCGAGGCAUCAGGUGUCUGAUGACCACAAUAAUGACUUUAUGACCAACCCAAACAUGUCCAUUUGUGUCCCUAUUGCUAUGGGGGAGUCGGACAUUGAAGAUGAUGAGCAAAGCACAUUCACAGAAACAGACCAGGACAAGCAACUGAAGGAGCAACACUACACAAGCACAGCGAUCGAAAGCCAGACUUCUGAGUUUUGUGAAGAGUUAAGUGAGUUGCAGAUGGACAAGCUGUCAAAAUCAGAGGUGGUUCUUCCACUAUCAGACCAGCAAGAGAAAUUCGAUGAAAUCAGCCUGUCAGAAGGAAGUACAGUGGAUUUGGCAAUUCCCUCAGAGCUUCUGGAACAGAUGCCCGAACUGGCAGAAGAACUGCUGGAUCCUGAAGAUUGCCUUCCAGAAACUUGUAUCCAGAUUCUCCCAUGCUGUUCAGUGGAUGUCACAAAAUUCCCUGGCAAAGUUUGGUGGCGCCUGAGAAAAACCUGCUAUCAAAUCGUUGAACACAGUUGGUUUGAGACAUUCAUCAUUUUCAUGAUUCUUCUAAGCAGCGGAGCUUUGGCCUUUGAAGACAUCUACUUGGACGAAAGGAAGAACAUCAAAACCAUGCUGGAAUAUGCUGAUAAAAUCUUCACCUACAUCUUUGUUUUGGAAAUGCUUCUGAAAUGGGUGGCCUACGGCUUUAAGAAGUACUUCACCAAUGCUUGGUGCUGGCUUGAUUUCCUCAUUGUGGAUAUUUCAGUUAUUUGCCAGAUAGCUACAAUUCUCGGUUAUGACCACCUCGCUGCUAUGAAAUCACUGCGAACACUCAGGGCCUUGAGGCCCCUCCGAGCCUUGUCCCGGUUUGAGAGCAUAAGGGUCUCACUAAUAAGCCUCAUAGCUAGUUCUCUUGGAUACUCCGAAAUGGGUCCCAUUAAAUCCCUUAGGACCCUCAGAGCUCUGAGGCCUUUAAGAGCACUCUCACGAUUUGAAGGGAUGAGGGUGGUAGUGAAUGCCUUGGUAGGGGCCAUCCCUUCAAUCAUGAAUGUUCUGCUUGUCUGCCUCAUUUUUUGGCUCAUCUUCAGCAUCAUGGGAGUCAACCUGUUUGCCGGCAAAUUUGGGAGAUGCAUUAACAAGACAGAAGGUGAUGAGCCUUUGAACCACACAAUUGUCAACAACAAGAGUGAUUGUCAAACAAUGAAUGACACUGGAGAGUUGUACUGGACCGUAGUGAAAGUCAACUUUGACAAUGUUGGUGCUGGUUACUUGGCUCUGCUUCAAGUGGCAACUUUUAAAGGUUGGAUGUCGAUUAUGUAUGCAGCGGUAGAUUCACGAGAGAGAGAAGAACAGCCUGUGUGGGAAUAUAACUUGUACAUGUACCUCUACUUUGUGAUCUUUAUCAUCUUCGGUUCUUUCUUCACCUUGAAUCUCUUCAUUGGUGUCAUCAUUGACAAUUUCAAUCAACAAAAAAAGAAGUUAGGCGGACAAGACAUCUUCAUGACUGAGGAACAGAAAAAGUACUAUAAUGCCAUGAAAAAAUUAGGAUCCAAGAAACCUCAGAAGCCUAUCCCCCGUCCGCUGAACAAGUAUCAAGGUUUCAUCUUUGACGUUGUCUUGAACCAAGCCUUUGAUGUUUGCAUCAUGCUUCUGAUAUGCCUAAACAUGGUGACCAUGAUGGUUGAGACCGAUGACCAGAGUCCAGAAAAAGUUAUCAUCCUCUACAGAAUCAAUAUGGUCUUUGUUGCGAUCUUCACUGCAGAGUGUAUCUUCAAAAUGACAGCUCUGAGACAUUACUAUUUCACCAAUGGAUGGAACAUAUUUGAUUUUGUAGUUGUGAUUCUAUCAAUUGUUGGCUCAGUCCUGUCUGACAUCAUCCAGAAGUACUUCUUUUCCCCUACGCUGUUCCGAGUCAUCCGCCUGGCUCGGAUAGGUCGGAUCUUGAGACUUAUCAGAGGUGCCAAAGGAAUCCGAACGCUUCUGUUUGCCUUAAUGAUGUCCCUCCCUGCUUUGUUCAACAUCGGGCUCCUCCUGUUCCUGGUCAUGUUUAUUUAUGCCAUCUUUGGCAUGGCCAACUUUGCCUAUGUCAAGAAAGAACACGGGAUCGACGACAUGUUCAACUUCGAGACGUUUGCCAACAGCAUGCUUUGCCUGUUCCAGAUCACCACGUCGGCUGGCUGGGAUGGUCUUCUCAACCCCAUUUUGAACACGGGGCCCCCCUAUUGUGACCCCAGCUACGUUAACUCCAACGGGUCAAAGGGGAACUGUGGCAGUCCCGCGGUGGGAAUCCUGUUCUUUGUCACCUACAUUAUCAUCUCUUUCCUCAUCGUGGUCAACAUGUACAUAGCUAUUAUUUUGGAGAACUUCAGUGUCGCUACUGAAGAGAGCACUGAGCCUCUAAGCGAGGAUGACUUUGAUAUGUUUUACGAAACCUGGGAGAAGUUUGACCCCGAAGCUACGCAGUUUAUUACCUAUGCUGCCCUUUCCAGUUUCGCAGAUUCUCUGCCAGAACCUUUGCGCAUUGCGAAACCCAACUACGUUAAGCUCAUAUCCAUGGACCUCCCCAUGGUGAGCGGAGACAGGAUCCACUGCUUAGAUAUUUUGUUUGCUUUCACCAAAAGAGUUCUGGGAGAAUCUGGAGAAAUGGACGCCCUUAAAAUACAGAUGGAGGAGAAGUUCAUGGCAGCCAACCCAUCGAAGGCAUCUUACGAACCCAUCACCACUACGCUGAGGCGGAAACAGGAAGAGGUGUCCGCUACCGUCAUCCAGAGAGCUUACAGAAGUCAUCUUUUCCAACGUACCCUCAAGCAAGCAUCUUUCCUGUAUCGCCAAAAAACCUGUCCCCCAGGAGACGAGGCGCCAGAGAAGGAAGGCCUCAUUGCCUGCAUGAUGGAUGAAAACUACCGGAAGCCUAUCGACAAAUCCGAAACCCUCUCCUCCACUUCCUUCCCCCCUUCCUACGAUAGCGUCACCCGGGGCACCAGUGAGAAUUUCCAGCUACGGAUGACGGACUCCAGCGGAUGCGACGAACCGCUAGACGAUCAGUUAUCAGCUGACCGAGAUAAAGAGUCAAUUGUUUAAACGUGUUUCUCUCGUUUAAAACACUUUACAAUAUUGUUUACAGAAUGUAAUGCUGUCACUACACAACCGGUUGAAGCAGCCUUGUUAAACAUUAGUUGCAAAGGCAGCAGGAGAGCAGGUUAAACCCUGAAGGAAGGUUGAGUCACUGUGUUACAGGGGCCUAACCUCCGGCCCUGCUCUUUUCCACUUUGCUCAAUGUUUAUAUUUAUAUAUGCACAAGGAGGGCAGAAGGGGAACCAGCACAAGGUCACAGCCAAAGUGUGAUUACCGAGAUGCUAAACUGUAAGACAGUGAAUAUUUAUACCUAUACUGUACACAACAUAAACCUGAGCGCAUACUUUCAUUUUAAGGUCUUACUUAUAUUAGUGCAUUUAUUUAUGGCAAUGUACGACCUUGCAUUCUAUAAUAACAGUGGGAUGGAGAAGAAGACCAGCAAUCAGGUAGCUGCUGUAGCAAUGCUGUAAUACUUAAUGUGUAUGUUAUGAAUGGUCUUUCUAAAGAAAAUUACAGAUAGUCCUCAUUUAGCGACCACAGUCGGGAUCGGCAAGUGAAGUGGUCGCUAAGUGAAACUGCAACUGUGCUUAUGAACUUCCUUCAGCUUUCCUUUGCUUUGCAGACCAUUGACGGUCGUAAAUGCGAGGACUGGCCAGAAAGUUACUUUUUCAUCAUCACCACCACUACCACCACCACCAUCAUCGUCGUAACUGGGAACAGUCGCUAUACAAGGCAGUCGCUAAACGAGGACUACCUGUAUGUAUGUGUGUGUGCCUUCUUUUCCACAAAUUAUUAUCAUUUUACAUCUGCCUCCCCAGGCCCAGAUAUGUUGGGAUGAUAUAAUGCUCAAAUUUUGGGUCAGCCAUAGUUUACCAUUGAGGUUGGCCACACGGCUGGGAAUUUUGGGAGAUAUUGUUCUGAAUCAUCCGGGGGUGCCAGAUUGGGAAAGUCUGUUCUAGAGAAACGGGGCGGGGGGGAAUCAGGGACCGUUCCCCAAUUAACAGGAGAUGCUCCUGCUUGCUGAGAGAAUAGGUUGCAAGACAAAACUAUUGUGUCAGCAACAUUGCCAUUUUCUGUUGCAGCCAUGCCCCUGCUUACAACAGGCCUGUCAGCAAUUUAACCCAGGGAAAAAAAAAAAGACAAAAAUUGACUUUGGAGAAAGCAUGGCUUUAUUUUUAUUUUUGUUCUAUCCCGCAGGAUAUUAGAUACUAAUGGAUUUUGCU